UCAUGGUGUAAGCAUUUGCCACCCCCUCUCAUGGAUUCACUGAGCAUCCUCCUCUCUUCUUAUCCACUCUGCAACCAAAACCACUUCAAAACCCACAAACCCUUCUCUCCUCUCUCAAACCACACUCCACACCACUCUGCAACUCAACCUCUUGCAUCUUCUUCUUCCACCAAGAAAAACCUCUUCAAAAAUCCAAUCCUUUCACUCUCUUUGAUCAACCUCUUCACCCCAUUUCCAUCCCUCGCUGUUGAACCCUCAGCACCCACUCUGGUUGACUCAGAAGCAGGCAAAAUCAGCUUGGAAACGGUUCUGGUUACCAUUGAUGAUUUUUUCAACCGGUACCCAUUUUUCGUUGCUGGGUGUACCUUCAUCUGGCUGAUUGCGAUUCCUCUGGCGGAGGAGUAUUUCAAGAAAUGCAAGUUUGUGUCGGCCAUUGAUGCGUUCAGGAAGCUCCGGGAUGACCCUGAUUCGCAGCUUCUGGAUAUAAGGGAUGGGAAGAGUGUGAGGUUUCUGGCGUCACCUAAUUUGAAGAUGUUGAAGAAGGAAGUGGUGCAGGUUGAGUUCAGUGAGGGGAAUGAAGAUGGGUUUGUGAGGAAGGUUUUGGAGAGGUUCAAGGAUGCGCCAAACACUGUUGUAUGUGUUUUGGACAGUUUUGACGGUAAUUCCAUGAAAGCUGCUGAGUUACUAUUCAAGAAUGGUUUCAAAGAGGCCUAUGCUAUUAAAGGUGGAGUCAGAGGCCAGCAAGGGUGGAUGGCUAUACAGGAUACCCUUUUGCCCCCUUCUCUGCAUAUGUAUCGAAGGAAAAAGACUAAAGCUUCACAAAAACUCAGUACAAAUGGAAAUGGAGCCAUUCAGAAAAAUGAUAGUAAAAACGAGAGUUCCUUGUCCCUAGAAGUUCCCACAGUUGAAAACCAAAAGACAGAAAAUGGUCAUGUGAAAAGGUCUGUAGAGUCUGGGCCAGAAAUGAGAACUGGUUCACGAGCUUCCUCUUCUCCGUAUCCUAAUUACCCAGAUUUGAAGCCACCAUCAUCUCCAACUCCAUCAAAGCCACAAUAGUGAUGUUGGAGUGUCCAUCAUCUCCACAAUAGAAGACUCAACUGGUAUCUACAAUCUGGUGAAUGUCAAUUUGUUUAAUUUCUAAUUUCACAAUUAUUCCUUCUCUACUUCAUAUUGUUUUAGAGACAGUGUAAUCCUUAGUGUACCAACAGAAUCAAUCUGGCUGUUAACUCGCGGCCAAGCCUUGGUUGACUACAAUCACAGAUGCAGUGAUUGUGACAAAAUUUAAGCAAACAAUGAGAAGUGAAUUAGUGGCUUUUUUUUC